AUGUCGUCUCCGGUGAAGAAUAUUGCCCUAAAGUACUUGGAUUCUAUAAAUGAUAUCAAUGAUGACAUCUCAUUAAGAAGUCCCUCAAAAGUUCCUUUACAGCCUUCCCUCCGCCAAAACACAAAACCUACCUUCAACAAGUCUUUCCCUGAAGAAGAUUUGGAUAAGUUGGCUAGACAACUCGAUGUGGAUCCCGUGUCAACUCCUACCAAGAAUGCCUUGUUUAGAACCAAAUAUCAAACUCCCUCAGUGACUGUAUCGUCAUUUAAAACCCCUACCACCAAGUCGUCCACAUCGUCAAGCAAAUCCGGCUCACCCAUCAAAAGACAUCUUGCUGCUUUCGAAACCCCAAUCAAACGCUCUACCGAAAUUCCCGCUUUGAAAACGGACAUGACUUUGUCUUCCAAAGAUAAACCAUACUUAUCAUCACCUGGUAAUAGUACCUCCACCGACUCUCCAGGAUAUGAAUACUUGUGCAGAAUUGAAGCAAUUAAGAACUGGCUUCAGCAAGUGAUGGGCGAGCCAAUUGAUAAGUCAGCGGCUGAAAUGAUUUCUGAUAUUAGGAAUGGUAUAGUGUUGGCUAAGUUGGCUAAUGUUAUAUUGCCAACCAGAAAGUCAGUCUUUACUAACCCCAAAUUGCAAUUCAGACACACCGAAAACAUCAACAGAUUCUUCAAGUUGAUGGACUUUUUGAGCGUUCCUGAUAUCUUCACAUUUGAAUUAACCGACUUGUACGAUGCUAAAAAUGUUCCCAAAGUAUGGUUCUGUCUCCAUGCCAUGUCUUAUAUGUUGCACAAAUACAACCCCGAAUUCCCCCAAAUCAAAAGCUUGGUGGGUAGGUGUGAGUUCUGUCCGGAAGAUAUAAGAACCGCUAAUAGAGCCUUGGUGGGGGCUGGUUUACCAAACUUCUCCAGUGCUGAUAACAACAACGAUUCCACAUUUGACAGUAUAUACAUGAACAGAGUGAUCAACAAUUCGCCUACCAAGCUCAAUGUUUCAAGCACCUUUUCAAGACCUUCCGAUACCUUAUCUUCUCCCAAAAAGUCUGACAAAUUCUCCGAUGAUCCAUUCAAUGAUAAGACUUCCUUCAGACAACCUCGUACACCAGACAGAAGCUCACCUGCCUCUGCAAGAGAUGAGUUCUAUACCCCUAAGUCACAUUCAAUCAGAGAGCUGAUGUCCGAUGACGUUGACUAUAAAGACAGUAGGUACUAUACUCCUGAGAUUGAUGAUCACCUCAUCAAUAUUGUCAAGCUCCAAGCCUUGUCUAGAGGAGCUACUUUCCGUUAUAGGAUGUUUGUGAGCAAGAUUAUGUUAAGAUCGUAUGUUGAUGAAUUCACCCACUUCAACUCCAUUAUCAGAGGUAAUAUGGCCAGAAUGAGAACCAUUCAUAGACACAGAGACGAAGUUUUAUUAUUCAAACAUCAAAUCAUCGACUUCCAAGCAAUAUCCAGAUCUAAGUUGCUAAGGUCUAAGCUCACCUAUGACUUCAAUCAACAUACAGAUAAUGUUGUCAGAUUCCAAAGUAUCGUCCGUGGUUCUAUUGUUAGACAACACGUAAAGUCUAUCAAGUAUAACAUUUCAAUGGCUGAGCCUUCUAUCAUUGAAUUGCAGGCUCAGCUGAAGAUGUUGCUUGUUUAUCCAAAGGUCAUGACUGUAUUGGAACAAAAAGCAUUGAUUGAGCCUUCAGUUGUGGAUUUCCAGUCUGUUGCAAGAAGACUUUUGUACCAAAGAGGCAAAAUUGUCGAUUUGAUCUCAAACCUAAAAGACUGUGGUGGAUUAAUCAAUUUCCAGGCUGUUAUUCGUGCUAAAAACUUAAGGAACGACUUUUACGGUAGAAUUUAUGUGUUGCAAAAAGUCGAGAGCAAGCUCACUCAGCUUCAAAGCGUUGCGAGAGGUGGUACAGUCCGAACUAAGUUGUGUAAUAAUGUUUUGAUUACAUUGAUGCACGAAGAUGUUCAAAUGAAUAGCCUUUUUGCUAAAGCAAGAGGAAAUAUGACUAGAAGGUCCAUCGGGUACACAAACGCUUACUUGCACCAUUACGAAGAUGAAGUUGUUGAAUUACAAUCCAGGUUCAGAGGUCUUUUCAUGAGAUUCAAAAGAGAUGUCGUGUUGGAAGAUUGUUACAAUAAUAUUGGAGAUAUAAUUGCUUUGCAAUCUAUUAUCAGAGGUAAUGUCAUAAGAAAAGAAAUGAACUCGAUUGAUUCAUACUAUGUCAAAAACAUGGCACUGGUGAUCAAGGUCCAAUCACAUAUCAAGAGCAAUUUUGCUAAAAGAGCUUAUCAAUCUUUGAUCACCAUGAGAAAUCCUCCGCUAUCCAUUAUAAGACGUUUUGCUUAUUUAUUGAGCGAUAAUGAUACGGAUUUUGAACAGGAACUAGAAUUGGCUGAGUUGAAAGAUAGAAUUAUUGAAAGAUCUAAGGCUAAUGAAGAGUUAGAAACUUUAAUUGAGAACUUGGAUAUCAAGCUAGGUCUUUUGGAUAAGAACAAAAUCUCCAUAGAAGACUUCAUAAAGAAUAAGUUCAACCAUUUUAAAGAUAUAGAUGAAGAUGUCAAUAUCAAAAACUUGGAGAAGUUGAACAAAUCUUCAAGAGAAAGAAUUGAAUGCUACCAAACGUUGUUCUACUUCCUCCAAACUAAACCAAUCUACUUUGUCAGACUCCACGAAAGUAUGGAAUUAAGUAUCAAAGAAACGAAGGAGUUCAAGAACUUACAGAAAUUUAUUGUGUUGAUGUAUCCCAUUAAGGAUUCAUCUAUCUCUCACCACUCAAGAGAAGAGUUCUUUUUUAUGAAGCUUAUCUUGUCACUUAUGGAAAGCGACAUGAAAACUCAUUGUUCCAACUUGACUGAUAUCACCAAGUCCAGCUGCUGCUUCUGGAUAGACUACUUUGUACACUUCAACAGCCACACUUACCAAAGAUUGCACUUGAAGACAAUGUUAGGCAAAACGGUUAUGUCGGUCAUUGAUAACGACGACCUUGAUUUCGAAUCUGAUCCUUCUGUUAUCAAUGCUAGUCUCAUUGAUAGGGAUAUGAGAAUUAACGGUUUCAGUGAUCGGGACGUGGAUGCGUCUCCUCAAAUUGCAAUCAAGGACCCCGAAGUUUCAAACAAGUUCGUUGAAAACUUAAUGAACUUGAGAGAAUAUAUUACCUCCACAUUGAAUAUAUUAGAAGCUAUAGUGGACAAGAUUCCUCUUCAUAUCAGGGUUGUAUGCUCUCAAGCUUAUAAGUUAUCCAAGUUAACUUAUCCAGACAGAUCGGAAAUGCAACACUUAGCUGUUGCUGGUGUAAUAUUCAUCAAGCAUUAUAUCCAAAACAUUUUCCAGAACCCUGAAAACUUUGGUUUCUUGGCCAAUAAUUCCUACAAUCCUGGCAUAUUGAAAGUUAAGUGUAAAGCUAACUUGAAGGCAUUGGGUAGAGUUAUGAUGCAAGCAUUUGCUUUGAAGCCAUUCAGUGACAACUUUCUCAAACCAUUGAAUGAAUAUCUCCAGAGUUCCGUGGAUCUCACCAGGUCUAUUAUUGUCAGGUUGAUCAACGUCGAUGAUCUCGAAACCUCGUACAACCUAACUGAUUAUGACGAUAUUGUCACCCAUGAUAGGCCCAAGUUGACUAUGAAGGUCACAGACAUGGCUCAAAUUGAAAAGAUAAUCCAGAACAACAUCGACAUGGUUGCACCAAGUUCAGACGACCAAUUGUACUCGGUUGCAACUCAACUAAACCAAGCUGUUAACACGGCUAAGGAUUUGGUGGCAUUAACUGAGUUGGGAAGUUUAACCUUGAACUUGAACCCAACGACCAAAGAAGAGUCAAUCGCUGAUACAAAAGGAAACGCACUUUUCACCCAAGUCAAACGAUCUGUUUUAUACAUCAUCAGAGUCCAAGAGGGUGAUGAGUUGUUAGAAUUAUUAGUGGCUGGAAUCACUCCCGAUCAUGAACGCAACUUUAAAGAGAUCACUCAUGGUGAACGACAAGUGUCUCAGGAAGCGAACUCUGGUCAAAAGAAGAAGGCUUAUCACAAGACUUCGUUGGGGGAUUUGACCAAGAUCACUUACCAUGACUUGAAGAAAAAUGCAUUGGAAACUAUUCUACAAUUAGAAUUCAUGGGAUUAGUUCACAGAAAUAAUUCCUACCAAGAAAUCUUGAACCAAAUCGCCGUUGAUAUAAAAACAAAACAUCUGCAAAGAAUCUCCAGAAAGUCUCAAUUAGAGAUUGCAAUAAAGACCCAAGAAAAGUUGAUAGAGAAGGAGCGGGUAUUGAACAGACAACAUCGUGAUUAUAACAACCAUGUGGAGAGUAUAUUAUCACAGUUGCAGCUGAGGCCAAAAGACAAGAAGUUGUUCAAUAUCAUUCCAAUUUUCAGCAAACAAUACUUCUAUCAUCGGGAAUUAAAAAAGUCUAAUAGAUUACCCAAAUUCGGAUCUUACAAGUAUUCUGCCAGAAAAUUGAUAGAGCAAAAGGUAAUCUUGGACUUUGCGGGUGCGUUAAGUGCCAGAUAUAACACUUCCUCCAAAUUGGACUUUAUGUUUAGUUGCCAUCGUGUUGGUAUAUUCACCAUUGAAGCAGCUUCAGGUUCUGUCAGCAUACCUGGUGCCUUCGCUUCGAUAACCUUAGACGAGUUAUUGAACCUUCAAUAUGAAAGUAAAGACAAGUAUGAGGUAUUUGACGGAAUGGUUGUCUUCGACACAAUGAACUUGACAUCAUUCGUAUUCAAGAAAUUUUACGACAUGAAAAAAGAGUAG